CCACACUCCUUUAAUCAUCAUCGUCAAACUGAGAAUGCUAAUCACUCGCCAUUAGUUUAAUCUUGUAGUUUUACAGUAGAAGAUAUCUUCUCCGUCUCCAUAAUCAUCGUGACCAAUGUUCGCUCCAAGAAAACCCUAAAUUAAGAUUCCCUUUUCGUCUCCGCUUAGUUCCCAAAAGAGGACGCAAGAAAUAGGCCCCGGAACCCAUAGUAUACUAUUCUAUUAAAGCCCAUAAGCAAACCCUUUUCAAUCCCUUUAUUCUGUCUCGUCUUUACUGGUUCGGGGAGGAUAAUCGAGGUUUUGCAAUGGCGCAGUCGUCAAGGAGAUAUUAUACAGUCGGGGAUUAUGUGAUGGGAAGGCAGAUAGGGUCGGGAUCGUUUUCGACAGUGUGGCACGCCCGCCAUCGCGUCCACGGCACAGAAGUGGCGAUCAAGGAAAUCAUCACCGCUCGAUUGAAUUCCAAGUUGCAGGAAAGCCUCAAGUCUGAGAUAGUUAUCCUUAAAGGAAUCAAUCACCCGAAUAUUAUCCGUUUGCACCACAUGAUCGAGGAACCUGGGAAGAUUUUCAUAGUGUUGGAGUACUGCAAGGGAGGUGACCUUUCAAUGUACAUUCAGCAACGGCAGGGGAAAAUCCCCGAAGCAACAGCAAAGCACUUUAUGAAGCAUCUUGCUGAGGGUCUGAAAGUUCUUCGUGAUAACAACCUCAUACAUCGUGAUUUGAAGCCUCAGAAUCUUCUCCUUUCCACUAAUGAAGAUAGCAGCAUUUUGAAGAUUGCUGAUUUUGGCUUUGCAAGAUCUCUACAGCCUAGAGGCCUUGCUGAAACCCUGUGUGGUUCACCACUGUAUAUGGCUCCCGAAAUUAUGCAGCUCCAGAAGUAUGAUGCAAAGGCAGAUCUCUGGAGCGUUGGGGCCAUUCUUUUCCAGCUGGUCACAGGAAGAACGCCUUUUACAGGAAGUAAUCAGAUACAGCUGCUUCAAAACAUCAUUAAAUCAGGAGAGCUACAGUUCCCGCCUGAGGCCGUAGGUUUGAGCCCUGAAUGCAUAGAUUUGUGUAGGAGACUGUUGCGGCGUAACCCAGUGGAGCGUUUGACAUUUGAAGAAUUUUUCAACCAUCUAUUUCUUUCUGGGAGGAAGCCAACAGAGUUUUCCAGGAAUAGACAGUCAGAAAGAUUAUUGGAUGAGUUCUCUUCGUCUGGGAGGACUGCAGAUGAAAUUACACAAGAAGAUUGCUUGCCUUUUAGUAUAGAUUAUGAUUCUAGUGGACCUGAUGGCAACCAGUUGUUUCUAAGUAAAUCUUCCAAGAGAUCCAUGCAUGGAUUUUCUCUCGAUUCAAAAUCCGAGCAGAAAGCUCUAUCGACUCUUGCCAAUAGAAGAGAUUCCUUCAAGGAUAAUAUUACUACACAUAAAACAGAAAUUGAAGGGUCUAGUCUUGGCAGCCACCAACUUUCAGAGGGAAACCUUAAAGAAUCUCUUAAAACCAUGGAUCUCGGUUCACUAGAUAAUCUUCCAAAAGUUGUGGAUUCUCUGGAGUCCAUCGACCAGGAUUAUGUCUUUGUAUCAGGUCCUCCACUAGACUUAUCGUCUUCAGCAUGCCCUUCUAAGACAAGCCAAUUUCUAUCUAAAACUGACAGUCCACUUAUUGAUUCUGGAAAUAUGACCUCAGCAAGGGGUCAAAUGCCAGCAAUAGGUCGAGCAACUGGUGAGGUUGAUAAUACUGGGAUUCUAGAAAGUCGCCCUACUCCUAGCGCCUUGCAAGGAUCGAUGGACAUAACUAACACUCUAGACCAGCCGUCAACAGACUGCAUGACACGAAUCAAGUCAUUGCAGCAUUAUGCAUCUUCCAUAACUGAUUUAGUGAGUGAUAAGAUUCGGGGAAGAAAGCUAUUAGAAGCAUUUUCCAUUCAGCUGGUACUUCUUGCUCUAUGGAAGCAAGCAUUGCAAAUUUGCCACACUUAUGCUGCAUCUGUGAAUGAAGUGAGUUCAAGUGAGGAGACUUCAGAACUGAGAGAAGCCUCUAAUGUUCAACACAUCCCAGAUGCGCGAGAGGGUCUUGACAUUUCUAAUUCUGAGGGGAUGCAGGAUAUCAUCUCACAGAUAGAGAGAACAUUUCUUCAUGAAGUUGGAAAUGCUGAGGAACUUUCCAAAAUGAUAGAUCCUGGAAAUAUGGAGAUGCCAGAUGCAAUGGAUCUGAUAUAUCAGUCUGCCCUUGCCCUGGGCAAACGUGCAGCGGUUGAUGAAUAUUUGGGGGAGAUUGAAAAUGCUGUGCAUUGCUAUUCAAAAGCAGUGUGUUUACUGAUGUUUAUUCUAGUGGAAGCAUCUUGUUUGAUCCUGAAUCCACCAUUUUCCCUCACAAGCUCGGAUCGGUACCGUAUUCAGAGCUACAUUGAUAUACUGAAUAACAGACAAAGCAUUUCACAGUCUCAAAUAAUGGCUAUUUUCAAAGCAGAUGAAGAUCGGCCUUGCCCUUCAUGAAUCUUUGUGACAUCCCACCCGGGCUUUUCUGUAUAAUUGUGUACAGUAAUUCAUUAGUUGGGAACAAUUACUUAUUCCUUUGUUUAUUUUCUUUCUCAUUGAAGUGGUGAAUGGAUGGGAAUGUUUGGCAUGUGCUAUCAAAACUGUAUAUAUAUUUAUGGGAGGGUGAAAGUUGGGGAGAAGUUGUCCCAUAAGGGAUGGCCUGAUUGUGUAGGGUUGGAUUUGUGACCGUGCCUCAGGUCACCUGUCACACAUGGUUAGCCUAGUGUAACUUGUGUGUCGGGCCUAGUUUGCGGGUUAUUAGCUUCUUGAAGCAAGUUCUUUUGUUUAUUUAUUUAUUUUGGUGACAUUUGUAUUGUGCUCUUCUUUUAUCUCAUGAAUUUGAAGGAUUGAAGCU